AAAUUUAAAAAUCACAUCUGAAAAAUGGGAAAGUAGCGUAGCGGCGCAACUUCAUAAUUUGUGAUAUCAUGGGAUCAUUAUUCAGAUUUCAGAAUCUUCCCAUCUUAGAUCUUAUCCCAUUCUCGCUUGCUCUCUGUCUCUUCUUAACUCUUUCCUAUCUCCUGUUUUCCAAACACCAGAUUUUACUAAUUAAAUAAAUAUAAGUUCUAAAACAAAAUAGUGUUAGUAUUUUAUUUUUUAUUUUCUUCAUUUUUAUAUAAAAUAUUAUGUAAAUUUAUAUAAUAUUGUUUUAUAUCUGCCCAAAGACAUGCUUUUUGCUUCAAAUCUUUCAGGCAUACUGUUAACCUUCUAGACUGAUUUCUCCCCUAGCCAUGGUAACUUAUCUUCUCAGUUGAAAUGCAACCGCUUUUCUCCCUAUUUUUUCCUGUGCCGUUUCAAUAUCUGAAGUCCCUUUUUAGGGUUCUAUUUUUUUAAUAAAAAAUUAUUGGCAGCUUUUUUUUUUUUUUUUUGUAAUUUUGUGUGAAUCGGCAAUUCGUUGUCGGUCGUUGAUGGGUAUGAAGGUAUGGCAAACGGGGAUCCUAAUAUUGCUUUUGUGGAGGAGGCUAACGUCCGCCGUCUCCCUUCCAGUUAUGGUUCCGUACUGUCUCAAGGACCCCAUUUCCGACACGAUCUUGGACUUUCGACACUCCUACUGUCCAAUUAACUCUGAUUUUAGGGAAUCUAUCGAUUUCGUUGGUGUUGCUGAGGGAGAUGAGGUUUCAUUGCAAAAGGCGCUUAACAUGGUUCACAAGAUUAGUCGUGAAUAUGUAGCAGUGCUUUUCUAUGCAUCUUGGUGCCCCUUCUCUAUCUCUUUUAGACCGAGCUUCUCUGUCCUUUCUUCAUCCUAUCCUUCCAUUCCCCAUUUUGCCAUUGAAGAAUCUGCUGUCAGGCCUAGCAUACUCUCAAAGUAUGGAGUUCAUGGGUUUCCUACUCUUUUCCUUUUGAAUUCUACAAUGCGUGUUUGUUAUCAUGGAAACCGGUCUUUUGAAUCUCUCAGUGCAUUCUAUAGUGAUGUCACUGGCAUUAAGAACAAAUCUCUGGAUGAAACAUCUUUGGACAAAAUUGGAGACAUGUCAAAUAAUGAGAAGCAUAAUAGCACUGAGCCAGAUAGCUGCCCAUUCUCAUGGGCAAGAUCUCCAGAGAAUUUACUUGGACAAGAGACCUAUUUGGCUAUGGCUACGACUUUUGUGCUUUUUAGACUAUUUUACCUAUUGUAUCCAACUUUGCUUGUAUUUGCUCGGUUCACUUGGAGACAGCUCAUUCGAAAUGUGAAGUUGGGAAGUUUGUUGGAACAUCCUUUGGCCUAUCUGAAACGAGCAAUUCAGUUGUUUAAUUCUCUCAAGGAACCUUGUAAGAGAAGUAACUUGCAAGGCGCAAUGAAUGCUAGAGCAUGGGCCUCUAAAUCCCUUGCUACUGUUUCAAUCGGUGACGCUAACACAAACCGUGCUGUGCCAAUGAGUGGAUGUCGCUGACAUUUUAGCCGGUGUGGGAUAGGUAUUUGUUUCCUAUGAAAAGUUUGGCUGAUAUCUCUCGGAAGCAGGAGCCUUUUUUAUUGAAAAUUUUCUCUACACCUACUUUGGUGUUUGAUUUGAACCAUGUUAUUGUAUCCUGACCCUGAACUAGUUAAUUUUCUUUUGUUAAUAUGAUUUAGAAUACAUAUUUGCCGAUAAGCGGAACAGGCAAUGUAUUGAUGUAGCCAUCAUCGAGAAUAAGCCAUUUUGGCUCUAUUAAAGCAUGUUUGCAACGUUUUGUUAAAUAGUGGACCUUAAGUUCAUGUGCUAUGUCAUUCUUUGUUGAAGCUGUGAAGUCUUGUCCAAUCUCAUUUAAA